AAAUUGCCAAUUGAUUACACCAACUUAGCCAAACACUAGCAAACAUACCGUCAAAGCUCCCGGGUUUGAAUUGUAAACUGAGAAGUGCGUGAACAAUGAGAUUUGAGUGCUGCAGCGUUUUUCUGUUUCUCACUUUCACCAAUUUCCUGUUUCUUCACAUCUCCGGUAAAACUAAUGGCGUUUGCAUUUCUCCGGGUGGUCGAUUCCCUCCAUUUUCAAACGAAGGGAAACCUCCCAGGAGAGCAAGCAAGGGGCCCAAAGAUUUGACCCUUUGCAGGGUGUUCCGCAAAAAGACAUGCUGUGAUGUCACUCAGACACAUCCUGCUUUGCUAUCCAUCAGGAAGCUAGCUUCCACUGGGCAAGCAAGCCAAGAAUGCUUGCAGUUAUGGGAACUCUUGGAAUGUUCUAUCUGUGAUCCGCGAGUAGGUGUACAACGUGGACCUCCAGUUGUAUGCGUCUCCUUUUGUGAUAGAGUGUAUGAGGCAUGCUCUACUGCAUACUUUUCUUUAGAUGCAAGAACACAGGUUCUAGAACCAUGUGGAGUGGGCGACCUUGUUUGUGGUAGAGCUUCGGAAUGGAUCUCAAAUGGAACAGAGCUCUGCCAUGUGGCGGGUUUUUCUGUUGAGUCAUCUUAUGAUCCUGAUGAAAUAUCAUGCUAUGGUGGGAAGGCUAGUCUUGAUUAUAUUGCAGAUUCUUGGAGAACUCCAGGAUCUGGUGUUUCACACAAAGAAGAGAACACGGAAGUUCUUGAUGAUUUCAAGCAAUGGGUGGCUGAAAUGCCAUUUAAUGAAAGAGUUUCUUGGGCAGUAGGAGGGAUGGUUCUUACUGCAGGACUUCUAUUUGCAAGUAAAAGGAAGAGCCACAACCGACGUCAAAAGAAAGCAGCUUCUCAUUACGUUGCAAGGAAACUGGGAACAAAGUUCAGUGACAGCAGAUGAAUGGAGCAGCUAUAAAAGAGCAUAAUGGUGGCAAAUGAGGUGAGAUUGGGAGACCGACUUGCAAGUUUAGCAGAGGAGAUUGAAGCAAAUUGAGAUUGAUCGGCCAAAAGUAUGAUGUGUAUUUGAAAGACUAAUAAAAGAAAAUUGAACCUCUGUAUUACAAAUAUCACGUUAUUCUUUGGGCGUAAUCAGUGUAUAAGAUGUCUCUUUAAUGUAUUCUACUGUUAGGUAUUUGUAGGAGAUGAAACUUGGUUGAAAAUCAUGUUCAAAUUCAUUUUCGAAAGAUUUCCAUUCUAAUAAG